CGUCAGGCCGGGAGGAGUCACGUCGUUAGUUUCUAUUACCGAAGUCACUUAUUUAUUCGUCUAACAGCUCCCAUUCAACAUAAAUGUCAUUAUGUGUUCAUAAUGUAGUGUCUGUAUAUCGUCGACGUCACACUGCUGAUCAUCACCCUCGUACUUUUCGGUAGACUAUCGAAGGAAACAGACCGAACAGGGAAGCGGAACAAGAAAAGCAACUAUUUCUAUUAAAACAUCAGUCAGUAAACAAUUCAAGUUUUGAAUUCACACACCUGCCGUCACCCUAUGCAACCAUGUCCAUGGCCCUGAAACAGGUCUUCAACAAAGAUAGGACAUUCCGACCCAAGCGCAAGUUUGAGCCUGGAACUCAACGCUUCGAUCUGCACAAGAAGGCGCAGGCUUCCCUGAAUGCCGGGCUGGACCUGAAGCAGGCUGUGCAAUUGCCUCACGGAGAGGACCUCAAUGACUGGGUGGCGGUCCAUGUAGUCGACUUCUUCAACCGCAUAAACCUCAUCUAUGGCACCAUCAGCGACUCCUGCACUGAUCAGACUUGUCCCGUGAUGUCGGGCGGGCCCAAGUACGAAUACCGCUGGCAAGAUGAGCACAAAUACAAGAGACCCACUGCACUGUCCGCACCAAAAUACAUGAGUCUCCUGAUGGACUGGAUCGAGGUACAAAUCAACAACGAGAACAUCUUCCCCACCAAUGUAGGUACUCCCUUUCCAAAGAGCUUCAUGCAGGUGGCUAAGAAGAUUUUGUCUCGUCUGUUCCGGGUGUUUGUCCACGUCUAUAUCCACCACUUUGACCGAGUCAGCCAGAUGGGGGCCGAGGCUCAUGUCAACACCUGCUACAAGCAUUUCUACUACUUUGUCACCGAGUUCAACCUGACUGACCACAAAGAGCUGGAGCCACUGAAGGAGAUGACAUCCCGGAUGUGUCACUGAAGACCUGAAGAUGCACACCAGACAAACGCAUCCGUCCACAUGGAAGACUGCAGUUGUUAAAGAACAAAUAAAUUCACAAAAGAGUCUAUUUUUAUAUUUAAAGUACUGUAAUCUAUUUUAGCCGCUUGGUGUAGAUUUUAAACACACAGGUGAAUACUUCUGGUUCCUCUUUUUCUGUCGGAGCUCAGUAUUAAAAAGAUGUUUGCUUGUGAUGUUUUUUGUUUUGUUUUUAUGAUUAUGUUUUUCAAAUAUCAAAUCAUUCCAGAAUUGUAUGCUCUCUAUAUGAAUUCACCUAAAUUUGUAUGAAUUGUUGGUGUGUAUGGUUGACAUCCAUGUUGUCUCAAUAAAUUUUCUCAAUAUUUGAA